AUUAUUUUGGAACAAAUGUUAAAGUCCUUUUGUUUUCCGAGAUUCAAUCAUAUGGUGUAUGUUCUUUGUAUGCCAAGCAAUGCUGGAUUCAUCCUAUUAGGGAUCUCUUAAGAGUAAGUGAAGAAGUAUUAGUCUGUAUUGAUCAUAACGACCGUAUUACACCUGCCACUCUUUGGGGUGAGAGGGAUUACGGGAGGAAGAAUGAGUUAUCUCUGCCGGUAGAGUAAGCCACUCCACUGAACACUUGUGAAAUUACCCUGCCUAGUGCCUCCAAUGCUGAUUACCCUCUGUUUAGUAAGCUCGCCAUUGCACAAAACAAAGAUAUGCUUUGGUUCUGAUUCGAAUCCUACUUAAUCCAUUUAAUUUUGUUUGACUUGGGAGUUGAAUAAUUUUAUUAAUCUACAAAGUGAACUGAUAAUUUCUGAUCCUGUACGUGAUAGGACAAAUGCUUCGAAACACCAAGGCAGUCUUCUUGGGAUCUGGUUGUAUCCAUAGUGAUUUAGAUACAAACAUAUAUCUAUGCCAUCUAUUAGGUAGCAUGCACUCCAGAUUAGCACCAAUUUGAAAUUGCCGAUAUCAGUAAGGAUGUUUCUCAUUUUAUAGGAGCAGUACUGCGGUUUAUGUGACAGUUUAUGAGUAUAACUGGAUUUCAUUUGGGUGUAUACAGUUUUGUUUCCCUAGAGAGGGGGGAGAACAUAUAUUGAAGCAUCUUUUCCAUAAAUGGCGUGAAUUUUAUUGACUCUGUAAAACAACCGCCUAAUCCUCAUAUUCUUUUUUACUUAUCAUUAAUGAGUUCUUAGCCCUUAAAGAAUCUUCUUAAUUCAAUUUCAUUUUGAAACAAUAUUAUUUCACUAACUUUUCCAGAAAAUUUUAUCUUAUGCUUCAUCUUGUGAUUAUUGCCUCUCCAAGGUCCACAGUAACAUAUAUUUGCUUCGUUGUUUUGUGUAGACAGUUUUGCACCAUGGAGAAGUCUGACCUGGACCUGAUUGGCAUUUCAGGAUUGCCCACUGAAGAGUUCAUCCAACAAAGAUGAAUGCAGAUGAUAAAAACAUAGAACGUGUGACUGAUCAGUGCUUUCAGAGAAGAGUGAAGAAUGAUUCAGGUGCAGGUGCAAAUGCAGGUUCAAGUGUAGACAAGACAUUUGCGGCCACCAAUGCCCUGUCUGAACUAGUUUGGUCUCCACAGAAAGGUGUGUGUCUUAAAUGCGCUGAUGGAAGCUUCUCCUACAAAAAUCCCUCUCUGUUAUGGGGUGCAGGCCCAAGUAAUAUGGUAAGUGGAUCAAGUACUGACAAACCUAUCAGUAAAGAAUAUUUCUGGACACCUCUAGGUGCAUCUGAUGUGAACAGUGAAGUUGCUGGAAGAGACAAUUGCACUAAAUUUGUUGCCAGUGAUACAAGCAUGUUUCCGUUAAGUGAAUCUAGACAUGAAAUCAAAAUAGCUGGACCGAACCUGGAUGUGGCAAAGAAUGAUCCGACUUCCGAGGAACCUAUUGUCAGAAUUAGAGAUGCUGGUGACGGGAUUCACACAUUACAGACAGAAAAUGUUUCAGCCUCACUAGUUUGCUCAGUGAAAGAAUGUGAAUCUUAUGACAUUAAAAUGCAAGCACCAUCCUCAGGAAGAGAAAAUUUUGAAUCAGCUUCAUGCAUGGAAAAGGAGAGAGAAGAUAAGGUGGGGACUCGUCCCUACAUCUGUCCUCUGGAAAAACUGGAGUCAACUGCAGAGAAUGAUAUAAAAACUCCACAUGGUGAAAAUGUGUGUGAUGUGGCAACUAAGAUUGUAGGAUCAGCAUCUGCCCAAGAAGUCCAAAAUAGCUCUCAGCAGGGUGAUGAGAUACUUUCUAGAGACGAUAAUCAUGGGAUUAAACAGUCUCCCACAAACAGCAGAACCCAAAGGUAUCAGAUGAAAGGCAAGGCCAAGUUUCCCACAAACAGCAGAACCCAAGGUUAUCAGAUGACAGGCAGGGAUAAAGCUUCGUCUUAUGGAGAUCUAGAUGAAAGAGUGCUGGAUAUGGAGGAUGACAGUCAUGAAAGUGUUGAAAGUUGCAACAGUGCUGGGAUAUUUUCAUCUGGCAAAAAGCGAUGGAACUUUGAUCCACAGUUGUGUGCUGGGAGCAAAAGUGUCAAAAUAAAAAUUCAUGAAAGUCCUGGCUCCUCUUCAUUUGUUAAACCAGAUAGUUCAUUCGUGAAUUGGAUCUCAAACAUGAUGAAGGGGUUCGGAAAAUCAAAAGAAGAUAAGGCACCUUCCCUUGCUCUUACCCUUGCUAAUCGUAAUCAUGGACAUGAGAAUCCUGACAAGAAUCUCGUUUCAUGUAAUAGAAACCAGGAUAAAGGGUGCAAAACUACGGGAUUUCAUUCUAUUUUUCAGUCAUUGUAUUGUCCAAAAACAAAGACUCAAGAAAUUGUCUCUUUGCAUGGCAAUAAUCAAGCCAAAGAAUCUAAAGAACUUGAGCUGGACAACAAGAUCUGUGACAAUAAUGCUACUCCAUUAUCCUGUCAUAUGGUGAAUGGCAAUGUGUACAAACGGUUUCUUCAAUCAAAUGACAAGUUAAAUGAGUCGACAUCUGGCAAUGGUGCAGCUCCAGCAGCCCUGACCCAACUUUUUUCCGCCAGUACUGCUUCUGCUCAGGUGAUCAACAGGAACAACUAUGCAGAGAACAGAAAUUUAUGCUUGGCAACUGAUAAGGAGAAAAAUGGGACAAGCUCCAAUUCCUCUGUGUGUAAACGAGAGAGUAACGGUGCCGAGAACAUAGAUACUGAACUGCCGUCUGAAGGCAAGCCUGCUAACAAUUCUAGGUACAUAAGUGACCCACUCACAAGCUUGUGGAUCACUCGGUUUACUCCAAAAAAUUCCGGUCCCUUGUCAAACACAGAUCUUUGCAACAGAAGUGCUGGCGAAGCUCUUGACAGUUCCACUGAUAGCAUGAGGCUGAAUGCUCAAUGGCAGAACCAUCAUACUUCUUUCCAUCAUAAAAUUGUGAUUGCUAGGGAGGAGGAGCACUACAAUGAGGACCCAAUAUACAUGCAGAAUUGUGCUACAAGUACUGAAGUUUCAUUUGACAUAAAUAAGGUAAAUGGACAAGAUGAUGAGAAGUCCAUGUGUAAACUGAAUCCUAUCUUGCCUUUUUCAAGGUUCCGAAAUUCAGAGGCCAUGGCUUCUGUCUUUGCAAGGAGAUUGGAUGCCCUCAAGCACAUUAUGCCGUCAUAUGAUAUGGAUGGUUCUGUUCAUGGAAACUUGGCAUGUUUCUUUUGUGGCAUAAGAGGUCACCAUGUGCGAGAUUGUCCAGAGAUACCAGAUAGUGAGCUUGAAGGUCUUCUGAGAAAUGUUAAUUUGUAUUACGGAUCAAAAGAAUUGCCUUGUGUGUGCAUAAGAUGUUUCCAGUCAAAUCAUUGGGCUUUUGCAUGUCCUAAUGCCUCUUCAAGCACAAGACAUCAAGCAGAAUAUGGCGCUUCUUUUGUCCAUGAAUGCAGCCCCGGUGAAACUCUGCUUAAUCCAAGAAAUGAAGACGAUGCAAAGCAGUCAGACGGCAAGUAUGGUCAAUUACCAACUGCUGAUGCGCCUACAGUUCGCAAUGAGAAAUUGAGUGAAGCUUUUUCCUCUGGGAAAAUGAAUUUGAAUAUGAAACUGUUUGAAAAAGACACUGUUUCGAGCUCUGGGAAAAAGAAGUUGAAAGAAAACCAGGCCAUGCCUUUGAGUAAUUUUGUCGAUAGCCAGAUAUCAGACAGACCCAAGGGAAUUUUUGAUGCAGUGAAAAUGCUUCGUUUAUCUCGAGCAGUUAUUCUCAAAUUGAUGGAUUCUCACACAGCACCCUCACGGCUUGAUGGCUUUUUUCUGCGCUUUCGACUUGGGAAGUGGGAACAGGGACUUGGGGGCACUGGAUAUUAUGUAGCCUGCAUAACUGGGGUUGAGAGUAAGAGUUCAACACAGAAGUCCAAAAAUUCUAUUGCUGUCAAUGUAGGUGGGGUCAAAUAUUUGGUUGAGAGUCAAUGCAUCUCCAACCACGAUUUCACUGAGUGCAUUCUCACCCAACGUAGUUCAGAUCAUUUACGAGCCCUUCAAAUACAGAAAACCUGUUGUUUGAUGAGCUAAUGGCAUGGUGGCGGGCAACAUUGAAGGGUGGUGGCAACAUACCUUCUGAAGAAGAUUUGAGAUUGAAAGCUAAGGAGAUAAAAAUGUUGGGAGUAUAGACAGAUACAAGUUCAGGUAUUGCUUGCAACAAAUGCAGAAGGUGAGAGCUGGGGCUGAAGUGAGCUGUGUUCCCUUUGCAGACAAUCACAGGGUGGUGGCAGCAUCCCUUCUAUAUAUAUCUCUUCUUUUUCCUCAACAUUGCUGUUUCUCACGGUGGAGGUUAAGGGAUUCGAAAUAUAUACUCUGUUUGCUAGCUAGGGUUUGUUUUAGAUGAAUCACAUUGUAGAUGUAAACUUCUUAGGAUGUCCAGCUUGUAAAAAAUCUUAAAUUUUUUGAAGUAAUUAAUUGUGUUUUUUUUUU